AUGGAUUCGGAAGAAAGCAACCCUAGUCCGGUGGAAUCAUCCAAGAAAUCGAAACCGAAAAAUCCCAGAAAACCUAAGGAUAGUGUGCUCAAGCAGAAAUCUCCAGCUGAGUUCUUUGCAGAUAAUAAGAAUAUUGCCGGAUUUGACAAUCCAGGAAAGUGUUUAUACACAACGGUUCGGGAGCUUGUUGAAAAUGCCCUUGAUUCUGCAGAGUCAAUCUCAAAGCUUCCCAUGGUUGAAAUCACAAUUGAAGAAAUAGGAAGAAACAAGUUUAAUUCCAUGAUUGGCCUUGCAAAUCACGAACGAGUUGAUGCAGAGUUGUACGAUGAUUUUGAAUCCGCUAAAGCUCGUGAGAAAAGGCUUGCCAAGGAAGCUCGCAUUCAGGAAAUCCAGGCCAAAAAUGCUAGUAUGGGGAAGAAAUCUAAGGAGCCACUGACUACCAAGGCCAUCAAGGGUCGUGGUGAAGCCUCAUAUUACAGGGUAACUUGCAAGGAUAAUGGGAGAGGGAUGCCCCAUGAUGAUAUCCCCAAUAUGUUUGGACGAGUUUUGUCUGGGACUAAGUAUGGGUUAAAGCAGACACGUGGGAAAUUUGGUCUAGGUGCAAAGAUGGCUCUUAUUUGGUCCAAGAUGAGUACAGGGCUUCCAAUUGAAAUCUCAUCCUCAAUGAAAGGGCAAACUUAUUCUACAUUCUGCAAGCUAGACAUAGAUAUCCACAGGAACAUUCCUCACAUUCAUGUACAUGAAAAGCGUGACAACAAGGAACAAUGGCAUGGAGCUGAAAUCCAGAUAGUCAUCGAGGGAAAUUGGACAACGUAUCGGUCCAAGAUUUUACAUUACAUGCGUCAAAUGGCUGUUAUCACACCAUAUGCUGAGUUUCUUUUCAGAUUCUUAUCAGAUACACCAGAUAAAAAUGCAACGGUGAGGUUCACCAGAAGAACUGACAUAAUGCCACCAAUUCCCCAUGAGACGAAGUACCAUCCAUCUGCUGUUGAUUUGCUUUUGAUCAAGCGUCUUAUUGCUGAAACCUCAAAGCAAAAUCUCUUACAGUUCCUUCAGCAUGAAUUUGUAAACAUUUCCAAGUCUCACGCUGAGCGCCUGAUUGGGGAAAUGGGACCAGAUUUCAGUCCUAAAAUGCUGGUAAAAUCUCUAACAUCACAGCAAAUAGUUCGCAUGCAUCAAUUAUUUCGUCAAGCCAAGUUUGAUGACCCGAGCGGUGAUUGUCUUAGUCCUGCAGGGGAAUAUAAUCUACGCCUAGGAAUUAUAAAAGAGUUGCAUCCAGAUAUGGUUGCAACUUAUUCAGGAAGUGCUCAAGUAUUUGAAGGCCACCCUUUCAUAGUGGAAGCUGGAGUUAGUAUAGGUGGAAAAGAUGUCAAACUAGGUGUAAACAUUUUUCGAUUUGCCAAUCGGAUACCACUUUUGUUUGAGCAAGGUGCUGAUGUUGUCACUCGAACUGCUUUGAAGAGAAUCAAUUGGAAUACCUACAAAAUCAACCAGAUUCAGGAUAAGAUUGGUGUAUUUGUGAGUAUUGUCAGCACAAAGAUACCUUUCAAAGGUACUGGGAAGGAAUACAUUGGAGAUGACAUAAGCGAGAUAGCUGCCACUGUUAAGACAUCUAUUCAGCAAUGCUGUUCCCAAUUGAAGUUCAAAAUUGUCAAAAAAAUUCAAGCUCGAGAGCAGCAGGAGAGAAAACGAAAUUUGACCAGGUAUAUACCUGAUGUCACAAGCGCUUUAUAUGAUGUUCUGAAAGAGAUGUCAGCACAUGCCGCUAAGAGGACUCGCUACACUGGUGAGGAUGCAGAAUUGCUAAAGAAUGUAUCAGUAAAGGCCGUGACAGAUCAAACACUACGGGAAAAGCUUGCUCGGCAUGUCGAACGGGUGGACUAUGAAAUGGCUCUGGAUUAUGCCACCCAAAGUGGAGUAAACGAGGAACCGAAAGAAAACAUAUUUGUACAAACCUUGGAAGAAAGCCAGUUUCUUGAUUUUCAUAGUCCUGUGUUUGUUUUUAGACUAGGCAUAUAG